UACACUCCAUCUCUUUUCCUUUUUUUUCUAUCUUUCUCUUUUACGUUACUACUCUUGUUAAAUAUAUGUAAAAGGCCCUCCUGAAAGUGCACGCUACGUUCACGUUCACGUUUAACGUUCAGGCUCACGUUCACGCUCGUUCGUCGUUCGUUCGUAUUCGUGCUCGCGCGCACACAGAAUAGAGGAGAGGAAAGAAGAGGAGAGGAGAGAAGAGGAGCACAGGCGAAUGUGUCUUCUCUCUGUCUCUCUCACUCUCUUUCUUUUUCUCUCUCUCUCUCUCUCUCUCUCUCUCGCUCUCUCGUCGACUCUCUUUCUCUUCACGGGACUCCAACUGGAGUGAUCAAUCGCAAGUAUAGAAAGAGAAGGAGGAGAAAGGAGGAGGAGGAGGUGGUGAUGGCGAAGGAGGAGCAGGAGGAAGAGGAGAAAAAGAAGAAGAAGAAGAAGAAGAAGAAACAUCAAGGGGAGGAGUUGAUUUUUCCGGCUACUCACCCUGUGUCCAGAUUCUUCGAGUCGUUGCCUCUUCGAGUGUGGUCCGUCCCCGUUGAACGCCAUCGUUUAGCCACCGGGCUCGAGGCCGAGAAAAAGAUUUUUCAGAACGGAACGCACGGUGUUAUGACGACACGAGCGCGUAUACCGCGCGACUCUAUAUUCUCUCUCUUUCUGUCUAUCACUACCUCUACCUCUCUAUCUCUCUUUAACUAUCACUCCCUCUCUCUUUCUCUUUCUCUCUCUUACAAUCUGUUUUUCCUCUCAAAGUAUAUCUCUCCUUUGCAGUGUGUGGCGCGAGUGACACGGAUGGAUAUGGACGGGCGGGCAGGGUUGUAGUAGGGAGAAAGGAAGGAGAGAAAAUAAUUGGUAUAGGAGGACGCGACACGACACGACACGACACAACGCGGCGGCAACGGCGGCAAUGACGGCGACAGCGGUAAAGACGGCGACGGUGACGGUGACGGUGACGACGACGACGACGACGGCGGUGGCGACGGUGGCGGUGAUGGUGGUGGCAACGAUGGCAAAGGCGGCGGCGACGGCUGCGGCGACGACGACGACGACGACGACGGCGGCGGCGGCGACGGCGACGGCGACGACGACGACGAGGACGAAGACGCGCGCGAACGUUACGAGAUGAGAGAAAGAGACGAACGUCCGAGUACGGCUUACGGGAAACUGGGGUUCUUGGGAUUGGGAUUCGGCCUUACCGAUAUGCGCGGAACGUCAGUCAACCAGAGUCUCUCUUUCUCUCUCUCUCUCUCUCUCUCUUUCUCUCUCUUCCCCUCCCUUGUCUCCUUUCCUCAUACGCGCACCAUCUAUCCUUCUCACUCCUUCUUUCUCUUUCUAUCUAUCUAUCUUUCUCUCUUGGCCAAACUACCGACACGCUGCAGCGCGAUCUAUCGGGAACGCGCCAUCAAUAAUCAUGGCUACGAUUCUUUCCAUCACGAGACUCGAUAGAGCGCGCAUCGUGUAUUCUCCGAAUUAUCAACUCCUUAUUGGUCCGACGAUUCUUUCUUCGACCAAUCAAAGUCUCUCUCUCUCUCUACCACUUCCCCUCUUUCUCAAAUCAUUUUAUAAUAUACUUGGUGUAAACUUAUUUCAAAGGAAUAUUCUUAUAUCGAACGAAAUAAAAUGAAAAAAUAAUAUUUGAUACGAUAAGAUAUAUAUAUAUAUAUAUGGAUGUGGAUACAUAGGAAUAAUCGAAUAGUAGACGUUUCUGGAAAUUAAACGAUUUUAUAUAAUACGAUGAUCUGAUUCGCGAAGGAAUACAAGAUUCUCUCAUUUGAUUCGUCGACGAAUCGAACAGUACCAUCAAGUGCUACGGUGAUUAUUGAUUGGUCGAAUCUGUACAACAAAUUUUUACAAUUCAUAUUUUUUUUUCGUUUAUAUUUCCUAUUAAGAAUUUUUAUCAAUGUUCAUAAUAACGUAAGCAUACAAAAUAAGAAAAUUAAUUAAUCGUAAUAUUUGACGUUUAUUUUAUCGCAGAAAUGUAUCUUUUACUUUGUACCAUUCUAUAUGUACGAUUAAGACGAACCAAUCAGUGAUCGUACUAUUUUAAAGAGCACAAGUUUAUCAAACGCGUUCCAGAGAGCGGGUCACCUGCAUGUUAUUACUACAUACAAAAUUAUUUGUAUAUGUAAAUCUGGAUAAUAGAUAUUGUAUUUGUAUAUUUGUAUGUAAGUAUUGAAUUUAGUCGUGUCUCUCGUACGUUUUUCUUAAUGUUCUUAGAAGGAAGACGCAAAACAAGAUGAUUAAGAUUUUUAUUUAAUCCGAUAAAUGAGAUAAUGAAAUAGUAAAUAUAUAUAUAUAUAUAUAUAUAUAAACGCGAUAAUAAUAUAUUAGAAAAUGGGAAAGUUAGGAAAGGAUAUCGCAUUGUUAAAUCGUAAUAAUAAAAAAAAAAUUGGUGAUUACAAGAAACAAGAGAUAAAGCCUAAGAGAAAGAAACGCAAGAAGGAUCUUGAAAAAUUGCAUCGAAAUGCUUUGGAAGCGUCAAAAGAUUCGUUAAUCGGGAUUUACAGAAACGGAGCAAAGGGCAAAGAAGUAAGAAAAGGAAAAUUAACUUCGAAUAAAUUUUAUAAAGCACGAGUACAAGGAGAGAUAGCGAAAUUUUUAGAUCAAGACUCAUCAGAAAAAUCCGAAGAUGUACUCGAACUUUCACCUAAUACCGUACGAGUCAAUUGUAAUAAAAAAGAGAGACUAUUCGAAAGGAUUGUCUCGUCGGACGAAGAAAUACAUUGUCAAAAAAGAAUUUCAAAGGGUCAGUUGAUAGAAAAUUCGAGAAAGUUUUCAUGGUCCGCGAUGUAUCGUUACGAAGAAUUAUGUGCGAUUAUUUGUUCGGAAAAUUUUGACGAUCAGAAUACAACGAUUCUUCCAGAUUUGCCAGAUCCAAUUCUAAAAGUUAAAGAAAAUCUUAAACAUAUGCACGCGGACGCUAUGAGACAACAUUUUUCACGACCGGAUGUUAAUAUUAACGAUUAUUUCAAUGAUUUAAAAAAUGAAAAUACAUUUAAAUCCUCAAUAAACGGAAACGAUAAUAAAAAUGUAUUAAAUAUACAAUCAGAAUCUUAUAUAUCUUCCGAUCAUUCGGAAUCAUUAACGGCCGACAUUGUUGAAGAUUCGCAUUUCGAAAUUUCGCCAAAAUUUCAUCGUGAAGUCGAUAAUAAAACGCAACUAAAUAAUAUUCUAUUUUCUGUACCGAAGAAAGUGUCUAAAGACGUUAAGAAGAUGAACGUUGAUCGUUCAUCUAAAUUCCAUUUACCAUCUGAACUGUUUGAUCGACCUAUUUCUACGAUCACUUCUUCGACGGACGAUGAAAAUAAAAAAGAAAUUAAUUGUCAAAGAUGCGCGAUACGUAAUCUAAACAAUGUCAAACGUAAUGUAAAGUUUGAAGAUGAUGAUGAAUUUCUAAUUAAAAAUAAUCAAAAAUAUCAAAUAUAUCAACAUAGAGAAAGUAACGAUAGAAAAGAUAUACCAGAGUAUAAAGAAGAUAAUAAUUGUCCAUUUAUCAGGAAAUCUCCUAAAGCAAAUAUACCGGUAGGUAAUUAUUGUAUAGAGAGACAAAAAUUCAUUGAAGAUUUUGUAAAAGAUCGUAGAAGAAGACAUAGGAUACGGGAAUCUAACAAUAUACAUGAGGGAGAUAUAUGUACGAAUCUAAAUGAUCGUACGAUGGUAUGGAAAGCCACUAAAAAUUUGAAACACGUACCAGCAAUUCUUCGAAGAUCCGUUUGUGAUCCGACAAAUAUAACCGACCUUACUCAUCUUUUGAAUGGUAAAUGUAGCGACGCAUAUUUUAAAGAACCAUCAAAAAGAAAUCUCGACUCUAAUCUCAAUAUUUGUUCAUCGUUAUCUUCGAACGAUAAUUCAAUAAUUAAAACUCAAUUUGUUAAAUCAAAUAAAUGUCUUGAAAAUCGACGUCAUACAAUGCCAUUAAAGGAACAAUCUUCAUCUACGGAUCAGACAGUAGACUUUUGUAUACCCAUUGAAAUGAAUAUUAAAAAAAAUAAGAACAAAGUGAACCUAAAUAAAGAUCCGAAAAAAUCUCGCAAAACACAUAAAUCCGUGACAUUUUCAAAAGGUAUAUUACUUAAUGGCGAUGCAUCAAUGCAAUCGCAUUAUUCUCAAGAUCACGAUAAAACGCAACCUACGGGUGUUCAUCGAACAACGGACAUCAAUCAUUCUAAACAUUGUCAAAUUUUAAGACAGGAAAUACAGAAUGAUAAUCAAUCUUUAUUACUGAAGUCGACGAAACCUGAUCGGAUAUAUCAACCCGAAGUGACAUUUAUAAAUCCGUCACAAUGCGACAAAUAUAUUACGACACAAAAUUGUCAAGAUAACAAUGAGAGUAAACCCAUUUAUUUUCAAAUUAUAAAUCAAUCGAUGAAAUCUUCUACUGAACAAAAAUUAUUUAAUCAAGAUUUAAUAACAAAAUCUAAUAAUUUGACCGCGUAUGAACAAACGCUAUCUGGUCAAUCUAUGAUACAGCAAUCUGAUGUUCCUAUUACGUCGCAAAAUGUACAAUUUAUGUUCCGUGAAAAUGAUCCACAUAUAUAUGCAUUUAGUGAGCUACAGAAUCUUAAAUUAUUAACAUUGAACGACUCACAAAACACAUAUGUCAGUUCCUUAAAUUCUGUACACGAACAAAAACGAGCUAAUGAGUGCGCAAUAAUUUCAAACACUGACCAACCAACGAAAUAUUUGGCCAUUGAAAAAGAUCUAAACACACAGAGAAUCCCUAUUUAUUUUCAUAAUAACGAUAAAUCUAUUAAUCAACAAUAUAUGCCUUGCAAAGUAAUUACGGCUGUAGAGAAGCAAAAUAAUGAUAAACUCUUCUUUCACGAGCCUACCUCGCAAGUUAUACUUUUACAAGGAAAUCAUAUAAAUGAUAGAAAUCGUCAAUUCGUUGAUUAAAAUAAUAAACAUCUUAUCGAAAAUAUCGGGAGAUUAUUUAAAAGAUUAGUAAUGUAUAUAUUGAAAUAUUUCGAAUCUCGAUAAAUAUUAUUAAUUUUGUUCAAAAAAAAAAAAAAAAAAAAAUCUCUAAAAUGCAAAAAAGAAAAAAAUUUGGUUUAUAUUGUAAGAUGAGAUUAUUAUUCAAUAGAAAAAGAAAAAGAAAAAAAAAAAAAAAGAAAAAGAAAAAACAAAAAUGUAUUUAAAAAUAUUUCGAUUGCAUGAGGCACAUAUAUGAAAUUAUCAAUUAUUACUAUUA